CCGCAUCGCCCACCAGCCUCCCCUCAGAUCUCCCCCCGACCCACGCCGCAUCUCGCCCGCCCGCCGGCGAGGGGGGGCCGCCGCCGCCGCCGCGAUGUACAUGGCGUACGGGUGGCCGCAGUCGAUCCCGCUGGACCCGGGCGAGUCCGACGGCGCGGUCCUCCUCCGCGUCCUCGGCCGCCUCCUCCUCGCCGUCUGCCCCGCCUCGCUCCACCUCUGGUCCGCCUCCCACCACAAGGUCCGCCUCGCCCGCCUCGACCGCUCCCCGGACUCCCUCGCCGCGCACGGCCCCAACGCCCACGCCGUCUGGAGCCCCGACGCCAAGACCGUCGCCGUCCUGACCUCCUCCUUCUACCUCCACAUAUACAAGGUGCAGCUCUCGGGGAAGCCGCUGAUCGUCGGGGGCAAGCAGCUCCCCGGGCUCUGCCUCGCCGGUCUAUCCCAAAUUAUCGUCGAGAAGGUCCCUCUCGCCAAUGACAUUUCCAUAACGAGCAAUUUUGCGUGCGACAGCAAGAGCAUGCUCCUUGGGCUGUCCAAUGGGCACUUGCAGGUCGUGUCCUGGAAUGCUGAGUUCUCGGACAGCUUCAAGCUUCGUUGCUCCUCAUGCUCGCCCGACAAAACCGCUGCCGUUGUAGAUGCUUUGGUGUUUGACCCGCCUAGCUUGCGAGGAAAUUCUAAUGCAAGGCCUGCUCCCUGCUGCACAGGGGAUUUUGCUAUCGUCCAUGUUGAGUUGUCGGUGAAGCUAAGAUUGCUAGUUGCUGUGUACUCAGACUGUCAGGUUGCGCUCUGUACGGUCGGUAAGAAGGGAUUGAAGCAAACCAGCGGCAUCAGGGUAGACAGAUGGUUGAGCACUGGUGAUGCAAUGUGUACUUCUGUGGCUUCCGAACAGCAGAUUCUUGCUGUCGGGUGCAGCAGAGGUGUUGUUGAAUUGUAUGACCUGGCUGAGAAUGCGCGGCAUAUACGCACUCUUUCUUUGUUUGAUUGGGGGUAUUCAGUGGAAGAUACCGGUCCAGUCACUUGUAUAUCUUGGACGCCUGACAAUUGUGCUUUUGCAGUUGGAUGGAAAUUUAGGGGACUUACUGUUUGGUCUGUAUCUGGAUGUCGGUUGAUGUGCACAUUUCGUCAAGCCGGAUCGAAUUCUGCUUUGUCUCCAAUGGUUAAACCUAAUGCCCAAAAAUUUGAGCCUCUAAUGGGUGGGACAUCACACAUUCAAUGGGAUGAUUAUGGAUAUAAAUUAUUUGCAGUUGAAGAAAGCUUAUCAGAAAGGGUUCUUGCUUUCUCAUUUGCCAAAUGUUGCCUCAACAGAGGACUUUCGAGCACAACAUAUACUCGCCAGAUUCUUUAUGGCGAAGACCGAAUCCUGUUAGUGCAACCUGAUGAUACUGAUGAACUUAAGAUAUUGCAUCUUAAUGUUCCAGUGUCCUAUAGUUCACAGAACUGGCCAGUUCUGCAUGUAGUUGCAAGUGAUGAUGGCAUGUACUUGGCAGUUGCUGGCUCUCGUGGCCUAGUGCUGUAUGAUUUGCGAAACAAAAGAUGGCGUUUUUUUGGGGAUGUUACUCAAGAGCAAAAGAUUCAAUGCAAAGGCUUGUUGUGGCUGGGUAAAAUAGUCAUCAUAUGCAAUUAUGUUGAAUCAUCAAACACGUACGAGCUGCUGUUUUUCCCAAGAUAUCACCUUGAUCAUAGCUCCUUACUUUACCGGAAACCACUGCUUGGUAGACCCAUUGUCAUGGAUGUCUUUCAGGAUUACAUUCUUGUUACCUACAGUCCAUUUGAUGUGCAUAUAUUCCAUGUGAUGAUCUCGGGAGAAUUGUCACCUACCAGUAGUCCAGUUUUACAGCUUUCAACAGUUCGAGAACUUUCAAUUAUGAGUCCAAAGAGCCCACCUGUUUCAAUGCGCUUGAUUCCUGAACCAACUGAUGAAGGUGUGCUGAAGCGGGAUACAAAUGAAUCUUCUAACCUGUCGUCCCAACAACCUUCAAGAUGUCUGAUCUUGCGGGUGAAUGGGGAACUUUCUGUGCUGGACAUGGAUGAUGGACAUGAGCAAGCACUUACAAAUUCAGUUGAACUCUUCUGGGUCGUCGGUUCUCAAGAAGAAGAGAAGAGUAAUCUUAUCAAAGAGGUGUCAUGGCUUGACUAUGGCCAUCAAGGGAUGCAGGUAUGGUACCCAUCACAUGGAGCAAAUCCUUUUAGGCAAGAGGAUUUUCUGCAGUUGGAUCCAGAGCUUGAAUUUGACCGUGAGGUGUAUCCUCUUGGUCUCCUGCCAAAUGUUGGUGCAGUUGUUGGUGUUUCUCAGAGGACGUCCUUUUCAACCGCAGAGUUCCCAUGCUUUGAGCCUUCUCCAAAAGCGCAAACAAUAUUGCAUUGUUUACUACGGCAUCUUCUUCAGAGAGACAAACAUGAAGAAGCUUUACGUUUGGCAAACUUGUCAGCAGAGAAACCUCACUUCUCUCACUGUUUAGAGUGGCUUCUGUUUACGGUAUUUGAAGCAGAUAUAUCAAGGCCAAGUGCUAUAAAAAAUCAACUUCCACAAAAGGGUGAAUCUCCAAAGAAGUCUCUUUUAGAGAAGACAUGUGACCUACUUCGAAAUUUUUCUGAAUAUAUGGAUGUAGUAGUCAGUGUUGCUAGGAAAACUGAUGGCCGGCACUGGGCAGAUCUUUUCUCUGCAGCUGGACGAUCCACAGAGAUGUUCGAGGAAUGUUUCCAACGGAGAUGGUACAGGACUGCUGCUUGCUACAUACUGGUCAUUGCUAAGCUGGAAGGCCCUGCUGUCAGUCAGUAUUGUGCACUCCGUUUGCUUCAAGCUACACUCGAUGAAUCUCUGUACGAGCUUGCUGGGGAGCUGGUCCGCUUCUUGCUAAGGUCUGGCAGAGACUUUGAAAAUGCCAGUACGGACUCUGAAAAACUAUCUCCAAGGUUUAUGGGCUAUCUUCUAUUCCGUUCGCCAUACAAAAGACAAUCUUCUGACUUGAAAAGUAACUCAAUGAAAGAACUUAGCCCACAUAUUAACUCUGUUAUGAACAUUCUGGAGAGCCAUGCCAGCUAUUUGAUGUCUGGCAAGGAACUUUCAAAGCUCGUUGCUUUUGUCAAAGGGACUCAAUUUGAUCUUGUGGAAUAUCUUCAGCGAGAAAGGCAAGGGUCUGCCCGACUGGAGAAUUUUGCAUCUGCACUUGAACUAAUUGGAGAAAAGCUCCAAAUGGACACACUUCAGAGCCGGCUAGAUGCUGAGUUCCUUCUUGCUCAUAUGUGUUCUGUCAAGUUUAAGGAAUGGAUUGUCGUGCUAGCAACUUUAUUGAGGCGUGCAGAGGUUUUGGUGGAUCUCUUUCGACAUGAUCUGAGAUUGUGGAAAGCAUAUAGCAUCACUCUACAGUCACACGAUGUAUUCAGCGAGUACCUUGAUCUUCUUAGCGCCUUGGAGGAGGAGCUUUCGUCUGUUUCCGAUCGCACAUUGCAAAGCAACGGACCGGUGUCAUGAUACUCAAAGGAUAGCGAUUUUGGGUGGCCAACAAUUUUAGCCUGGUGUUAAGUUAACACAUACUGUUAGGAGGAGAGAAAGGCGCGGGGAAUCGUUUGUAAAUAGCGAUUAUUUGGGGGAUGUUCCCCCCUUGGAGGCGAGCAAGAGCCUUAGAGGUUAGGACAAGAGCCUUUUGUGCAGUGAAAUGAGUUAAAUCACCAUAUUGUUGUAUCAUUUAGUUGCGGCAGAGUGGAGUAUGCAUUCUUCCCCUUUCUGUAUGUAUGCGGACAAUGUAAAGUACAUACUGCCAGUUAUGAGCAUCCAGUCGCUUUUUCUGCUUCUCUCUGCCAUGUGUAAAGGUUACCAGAUGUGUUUAUUUAUUUUAUUUUCCUUGAAAAAGUGAUACAUUUA